AUAGAUAAAUACUGUACUAACCUGUGUGGUGUAAGUGGUGCUUUCCUUUGAUGGUUUAACAUAAUAGGACUAAUCUCAUUGAGGUCAAUAUGCUUUAACUCGUGGCUAAUAAUAAUUGUUGUUACUAAUUGUUUUAGUUGUAAAUUUAUAUGCAACAUAAAGCAUCAAUUUUCAUGGGAAAACAACAGCAAAAAAAAACUAAUUAUAUCUUUACAAAGUAAAUAUGUCAAGAGUUUGAGUUCCCCAGACUUUGUUUCCUUCAUGACCCGGCAUCUGAUAAGCUCUGAAUGUGCCUCACUAAAUUAUCCAAGCCCUGGAUGACAUCAAGCAAAUUAUCAAUUUGAUCCUUCAUUCCCUGAAGGAUCAAACUUUUCUUGUCACUGCUUUGACAAGAAAAAAAUAAUUAAACCAAUACUGUAGCAAUCAAGUCAAAUUUCAAGUUUCCCCAAAACAUACAUAUAGAAUAUUUAUUCAUGGAGGGAUUCUCUACAGUUAAUAGCCAAUCAGAUUGACCUCAGUUAAAUCAAUCAUAUUGUGUACACAGAUUAGUACAGUAUUUACCUUAUUAUUUUCUUACUUUCAUUUAGGCAUCAUGGAGGCCCCAUGUAUGCAGCAUGCUGCAUGAGUCUUGUCAGGUGCAGGUUACACGAAAGGAGGCCGUACUUCUUCUAUUGACCCCUGUGGUCUGACCUGGUGACAGUCUGUUUAAACCUGUUCACCCACCUGAACAUCUGUGUUUUCAAAUGGAUACAGCUGUGCAUAUAAACGCAUAAAUCCAUGUGUUUUGAUAUAAGUUUAUCACUGUACGCUAAUUGGAUAUGAAACCUGAAACAUGUAACAGCUUGUAGCAGAAAGCAUCUAGCAGUGUAUUGGAUAGCAAUCUGUAUUGGACCGAGCUGUCAUGGACCAUAAAUUUUCUUUUCAACCAUAAGGGUUGUCUUUGGAUCUGCUUCUCAGGUGAAGCUGCACAAAAGUCAAUACGUAUUUUGACAACACAUAAAAACUUAACACCUAGCAAGCUAAGUGGCCCUUAAGGUUAUGGAUGUGGUAAAUGGCCACUACAAUAUUUGACCUUGUGACCACAGUUAUGUGCACUGGACGUGUUAUAGAAGGUCAUUAGUGGGUCAUCCCCAAAUGAGCCACUGUGCCUCAACCCAGGAUCUUUAGAUUAUUACUCUGAAGAUCGUACAAUACAUGCAUGACUGUAGAAUAACAUUUGUCGCAUCCACAGCAAAAAGUCAGAACUUAUUCUCCACUCUGACAAACACACCACUCUGACCUGGUGACAGUCUGUUUCAACCUGUUCUGUGUCUUUAAGCUUAAUCAGAUGGAUACAUCUAUGCAUAUAUAAACAUACAGCACACAGCUGUGCAUAUAUAAACAUAAAUGGAUAGUAUAAUGUGCAAAACUACUACUGAACAAGGUCUGCCAGUUUUAGAACUGGAGGAGCUGUUAAUGUGUCUGUUUGGGUCUCCCAGUAUGUCCAGUACUUUGAUAUUUACUUUGAUAUUUUAAAUGUGCAUUGACGUUUGUUUAUGCAAUAACUAUGUAUAGUUUAACAACUGAACUGGACAAUAACACUAGUACAACAUGAAUUUGAUUCUGCCACAGAGAGACAAGAGGUAAGCAGUCUUCGUUGUAAGCUAUCUAUCUUCUAUUCAGCUUAAUCCUGUACGUGGGAUCACGGGGGGCUGGAGCCUAUCCCAGCUGGCUAUGGGCGAGAGGCAGGGUAUACCCUGGACAGGUCGCCAGUCCAUUACAGGGCAACACAUAGACAAACAACCACUCACACCUAUGUAGAGUGUCUAAUCAAUCUAAUGCAUGUUUUUGGACUGUGGGAGGAAACCGGAGAACCCAGAGAGAACCCACGCGAACACGGGGAGAACAUGCACCCUCUUCGUCUCCGGGAAUUGAACGCAGGACGUUCUCGCAGUGAAAUUAUUUAAACCAGAAAUUUAUUCAAAACUUGAUUGUUGUUUAAAAAAGUCUUUCUAGAACUGCUAGCAACUUUUCUAAAAACACAAGUGAAAUAAAUGUAGAAUUGUAAUGUAGAACGAAAAAUUGUAUUGUUACCUGAUUUAUUCACAUUAUUAGCGCUUGAAACACGCGGCAAAGACAAAUUAUAUGACAAUAGCCACUUUAUAAUUAUAUUCUUAAAGCAGAAUGAAUGAGGCAAGUGAGAUAAUUGUUCUAUAUGUUGAAGGAGGGGAAGGAGGAGUCGCACCUGUGUGCAUUAUUUUAGUAAAUAACUUAGUAAUUUUUUGACUGUCAUAUUAGAUUUCAUUGAGGGUGCCAAAACAUUAAAACCACCUUUACAGUUCCCAAAGUGGUUUACAAAGUAUAUGACCUCACACAAAUCAGAAUACAACUAUAUAAACUGAAUUGAAUAACUCCUACUCAAGCAAGCUUUUAAUUCAUGAAACAAUACAUUUUCCAUAAAUUUUAACAUCCGGCACAACAAGGCUUAGGGCUGAGUAGCUAUUUGUUGAUGAAUUAUUUCUAUAGUAAUUUCAAAAGGCUUGGAGAAUGGAGUGUGAUCAGCCAUAUACAUGCAUUAUGGAGAAAAUACAUUGCCACAGUGAUCUGACCAGAGUAUCCCAUUACUUUUGUAAGAGAUACCUACAGUACUGGUAAUGUUCCACACAUCUGCAUUUACUGGUUUUGGUGAGGGGAUUGAAAAGAGAGAAAAUAUUAGUUUUUAAGGUGGCAAAGGUAACACAGUAGACUCAAAGUUAAGAUCCAAAGUAAAUAUUUGAUUUGAUAUAUGUGUGUGAGAUUUGGAAGAAAAUUAAAACUCCAGAAAUUUAUGACAAAUCUGAAGUUUGAAAAUUUUGUUUGUUUGUUAUGGUGUCAUAGAAAUAGAGCCUGUGAUAAGUAACCUGUUAGCAGCGACAGAUUUGAGGGAAAAUUAAUUGGCUAGAUUAGUAUUUGUGUUCUGUCAUGCCUGUUAUUCCAAAUAGUCAUAAGGGCAAUUGAUUUCAAAUGCUCAUGUAAAUUUAAUUGAUCAAGCAGUUACAGUAGUUGUCAUUAAUAACUUAAUUUGUGAAACUGUUAUUCUAAUUUGUUUAUUAGUCCUUUUGUUUAUUAGUCCUACAGGGCACCCCGUGUAAUAGUUAAUAUUUAUAUAAUAAUUAUGUUAGUAAUAUUACAUUAGUAGUCUAAUCUGAAAUCUUUUUAAAUAACCCACAUAAUGCAAAUAGGUGAAAAGGAAUAUUAGGCUAGGUGGUGGUCUGCAUUUAUAUAGUGCUAGUUCUUUUCUACCUUAUUAUUAAAGCACUUUGACACAGUCUUAUUCACCCAUUCAAUCCCAAGAUUGUGACAGCUCUAUCUCCUGAGCCAUUGCUGCACACUUUUACCUAACUUAAUAAAACAUACAUUCUGUUUUGCCUCACGGGCUAAAGGGAAAUGAAAAAAACAACAUAGUAAAAAUAUUCCAGUGUACUACUUGUCAUUGGCUUGUAUAAACUACCUUAAGUGUUUUUCUACUAUUGUUAAAAAAAAGUUUCUUUUUAAUUAAACACUCUGCUCUUUGACCUACAAAUUUAGGCAUCAGUGUCAGGUGCUACUUUGGUGUGUACUUUCCAGAUGACAUUUAAUGAACCCUGUAUUUGGUUACAUUUUCUCUUCCAUCAAAAAAUUAUGACAGGUUUGGACAUUGAGAGAGACCAGAUUAUUGAAAUGGCAUGCAUCAUCACAGACUCUGACCUCAACAUUUUGGCUGAGGGGCCCAACUUGAUAAUUAACCAACCAGAUGAGUUGCUGGAUGGCAUGUCAGAGUGGUGUAAAGAGCAUCAUGGAAAGUCAGGACUAACCCAGGCUGUAAAGGACAGUCAAAUUACACUGGAGCAUGCACAAUAUGAGUUCCUGUCAUUUGUGAGGCAGCACACCCCACCAGGACAAUGCCACCUUGCUGGCAACUCUGUGCAUGCAGACAAAAGGUUCCUGGAAAAGUAUAUGCCACAGUUAAUGCAUCAUUUUCACUACAGAAUCAUUGACGUCAGCACUAUAAAGGAACUCUGCAGAUGGACAAGCACGCUGAGCUCACAUGGCCUCAGCUGGAGUACAGGACAAGCAGCGUCCUACUGUUCACGGAGACCUGGCCGACUUUACUCAUCCCGGACUCGACUGUGUUACUGGACAAUUUUCAUCUGCUGCGAGCGGAUAGGACGGAGGACAGCGAGCUUCUGAGACCCUGCUCUCAGUCACCAGCAGGCUGCAAACACAGCAUCUACAGGACCACUUCCUGAUUUCUGGGGACUUCAACCAUGUGCCCCCUUCAGCUGCUCUGCCCACAUACACCCAGUAUGUCACCUGCCCUACAAGAGACAAUAAAAUACUGGACCUAUUCUAUGCCAGCACUAAAGAGGUCUACAGCACAUCAUGCCUCCCAUCCCUGGGCAGAGCUGCAUCUCCUGUCUGUGUAUAAACCUGUAGUACACAGGCAGCUGGUGGUGUCCCACAUAGUGAACAGGCUGAGAGUGAGGAGGCUCUCAGAGACUGUUUUAACACUACUGUGUGAACGGAGCUCUGCGACCCACAUGGGGAGGGCAUAAACACAGAUUGUGUAGCGGACUAUAUCAACUUCUACUGUGAAAACACUGUUCCCUCCAGGGUGGAACGGUGUUUCGCCAACAACAAGUCGUGGUUCACCAUCCAGCCGGUGCUUCUGAAAGACAAACUAGAGGAGGCUGGUGUGGACUUGCAUCUGACAGAGUGGAUUAUGGAAUACCUCACAAACAGGCCAAUGUUUGUGAGGUACUGUGUGGCCAGGGACUGUGUGUCUGACACAGACCUGCAGUGUAGGGGCCCCACAGGGGACUGUACUGGCCCCUUUCCUAUUCACCCUAUAUAUUUCAGACUUCAGACAUAACACUGCUCCUAGAUCUAAAUAAAUGAAAUAUUCUUAUAAAAUACUUUCAUAAUUGAAUGUGCUGACAACAGAAUCUCGAAAUUGUCAAUGGAAAUCAAAUUCAUUAACGGUGGUGGAUGGUCUCCUGAGGGUUCUCCUUCUGACCUGGACUAAAGCAUCCACCAACUCCUGGACAGUCUGUGGUGCAACAUGGCAUUGAUAGAUGAAGCGAGACAUGAUGUCCCAGAUGUGCUCAAUUAGAUUCAGGUCUGGGGAAUGGGCGGGCCAGUCUACAGCAAUACCUUCUAAAUGGCAUCUCCAGACUCAGUCAUGAACCUGCUUUCAUCUGUGAGGACUAGUGAUGAAUUUGCCGAUCAUGGUGUUCUUUGGAACACCAAGAUGUCUGGAACACCAAGAUGAGUGAGCAGACGUCCCUGUCUGCUCACUCAAGACGUAGGAAAACCGUUCAAAAACAACAAAGGGAUGAUUGCUUGCUCGCAGACGGUAUGUUUAUUGAGCUCAAAAUGUGCAGUGCAAAAUCCAUGUACAGUAUUUACAGGUGACCAAAACAAAAACACAGGUGAAGCAAAAAAAGAAUGAAAAAGAAAAACCUUUUAAAGGUGAAAACCAAACCCAAACCAUUUCUUGCUCUGAAUCAAACGUACUCUCCCCUCCAAUGGGGUUUGGCCACUCUAUUUAAAGGCCUGGCCCCGCCCCUUACUUCCAGGAGGAACCAUUGUCCAGGAAGUUCUGGAAAUUACUGGCAAAGUCUACACAUUUCUAGCAGCUUCCCUGUACCAUAGAGCUGUCUUGCCUCACUUACUAACAUAGCUGCUUCUUUGUUUGUGGAGACACUAAUCAAUCCAUCGUCCACAUAAAAGUUUCUCUCAAUGAAGCGGAUGGACGCUGCAAGUGACCUUGUCCUUGUGUGGGAUAACAGAGUAGAGAUUUUUAACUAAAUGGGCUCUUUAGGUGUGUCUAGAGCAUCUGCCUUUUCUUGUAAGAUGAAUGUUGUGUCACUUUGUUUGCCGAGCAAAACAUAUACAACGACCUCAUUUUCUAUGUUAUUUACUGUUGAAAGCAACACUGGAACAACUGUAGAUGUGUAAGUAACUGCUCAUAUCUUGGACCACUCGAUUGGAUACAACCUUAUUUGACAUCUCAUUGAUCUGACGGUUUUCUGAUGUUUGGUCGGACCUUUCUGUGGGACGCUUCUUGCUCUCAGUUUCUUUUAUGAUGUGUUGUUUUCUUUUUCCUUCCUUAGCACCUCUGUCUUCAUGCAAGGCUGUUGGGUGUUUUCCUUUACAGGUGUCACAGAUACUCCUCCUCUCAAACCCUUGAGUGGUGUCCAGGUUUUGAACAUCUAAAGCAUAGCUUUCUUUGCUGCACAAACUUGACUUGCUCUGCAAACCACAACAAACUCACUUUUAGCCACUUAAAGUAAGGGUUAUGGGCAUGUUGGCGUCUAUCCCAGCUGUCAGUUGGGUGAAAUGAAGGGUUCACUGUGGUACUUCCAAGCCACACAAGGUCAGCUUUACAUAAGUCGUCUUUGUUGUUAUUAUAACAUAAGAUACAAGAUCCCAUUGGGGCCACACAUGGGAGGCCAAUGAGUUAGUAUGAAGUGUCAUGGUCAUGGAUCUAUUUGGCUUCCAACUCAUUUCAAUUUUCCUACGGUGACUCUACCCAUAUGCCAUUUUAUUCCAAUGAAAUUUGUCUUCUGCAUUUGACCCAUCCCUUGGGGGGACACACAGCAGGAAGGAUCGAACUGCUGACCGUCUGCUUCCCAGGCCGACUCUCUACCCAUUGAGCUACCAGGCACUUUCAGUUGUAUAAUUGUAUUAAUAAAUGCUAAAACUGAAAUGGAAUAGGAUUGGUCACAUUUACUGCUGCAGAGAUGUAAGCCAUCAAGGUGUUGGAUUGGAUUUAUUUUUUAGCUCCACUUGUACAAU